GGGGCAGAGCUGCCGCCCUCACAGCGCGGGGCGGCCGCGGUGCCGGCCGGGGCCGGGCCUUGUGCGGGUUGGACAAGCCUGCUCUAGUAGAUCUUUGUCUUUCGGGAGCAUGAUUGAAACCCCUGAGCUGUUCACGUUAACAAAUGGUCCCUGCAUGCGCCUAGUGAUUAUUCUCUCAGGACACUGGUAAUUUGUUGUUGUUGUUGUCUGCUUUCUUUCCCUAGUACGUUUGUGGUAGUAGGCACCCUUCCACUUAUGCAUCAAGGCGAGCACUUAACGGUGAUCAGAGUCACAAUAUUAGAAGGCAGGCCACCGUUCUGCAGACUUCUCUGAGCUUCAGUAGCACUUCUACUUUACCACAGUCUGGGAAGCAGUUGCAAGCAUUUCUGGUUAGCAAGGAGAGGCUACCAGUAGUGCUACAAAUGGGCAUCCGCUUUUCUAAGAAGGAAUACUACAUGGGUAGACCUUUUGAUUGCCUCAAAUUGCCAGAACUCAAACUCAAACUCAAACUCAAAAAAAAAAAAAAAAGGCAUUGAAAGCAGUAUUGGGGCAUUCCAGCAGAGUGCCCACACUCAGCAGUGUUCUCACACGAGGCUAUGUAAGUAUAUACUUACGUUCUUAUACAAUUAUGUACUUAGGAGUUGCUUACUGUAGUUAAUUUAGCUGAUUUUAAGAAAAUAAUUGGAAUGGCUAAGAGACUGAGGACAGGGUUUAAAAUGACUUUGUAGGGAGGUUCAGCAGUGGUCACCCAGGCACUGUCCUGAGCUUGAGGCGCAGUUACUAAAUCAGCUGGCUGCAGUUUCGGUUACGAUUUAGAAGAUCUACACCAAUGUGAUCAAUCAGCAAAUCUGCUCCAGACUUGUCAGAUUAUUGCACAUUUAUAUGGGCCCAAAAACUGAAACGAAACACAGUUAAAAUUAAAAUGCAGCUCUACCAAAAGCCAGAUGCUUCAUUAUGAGCUGUGCUAACCUACCUGCCAAAUACUGCUAACCUGUAUGAGGCAAGUGAUUAAUUUUUUACAAGUCUGCUUCAGCAACUAGACAUCUGUCCUCUAUUCCUAAAAGCAAUAUCUCAGGGCAAACAAUUUAUUUUCCUUCUUAGUACUCCAAAUUACAUAGAACACCACAAAAAUUAUAUUGAGUGCUUUCUGUAUGAAGGUAUUGUGGGGCCAGCUCAUAUUUUAGAUCGCUUUCACAUCAGUGUAACUCCAUUGGAAUAAUUUCUGGUUUAUACUCUCUAAUUUUUGUAUGUAAGAAGAAUAAAAUCACAUCUGUACUAUACCUUAUAAUCUGGAAUGUCAGUAUAUGUGGUAAUAGUGUAGAUUUUCCAUUUUAAUCAGUCAUUGUUCCAACUAACAGACUGAAUCGGUGGAAAAUAUGGUGUCAAAUUACUCAGUUGCUCUCUAGAAGUACGUUGCAGCUUUCAUUAUGAGCAGGGGUUUAUCUCUUCUUUCCCUGUGAAGAAUAGCUCAAGAGAUGUUCUUUGAUACGUGCCGUGGAAGAGAGAUGAUCCAUUACAGCAUCUGCAAUAUAGAUGUAUAGAAGUGAAGUGUGUUGUCUGCUGUCAAUGGAGCAAAAUCAAAUAAACUUUCUCUCUCCCCACGUGUUUAAGAAAUAAUUCAGCAGAUGUAUAUUUUCACUAAAACAAUUGAAAUACACUAGUGAUCAAUUUACUUGCACGUAGUAAAAAUACUACAGGUUGCAGACAGAUUUGUAAUACGGUUUUUAAACACCUGUUUUUAAUGUUUCAGUACCCAAUAAAACAGAGAAACUCCUGCUUGUGGUUUGCAUGCAGACAUAAUGUACAUUAAGGAUUAAAAGUCUACUGCAUGGGUUUCAAUUGGAGCCACAAUAAAAGUAAACAACGCUUGCAGGCAUGGCAGUGCUACAUUUUUGGGAGUUCCUCAACAUUUCAGCUACUUACAGCCAAGUCCCCUUCAACAAGUUUUGUUCUUUGUUACAUUGAUAGUAUAGUGUCGCCACCAAAUGCUAAUCUCACCGAUGUUAGUGGGAAGAAUCCUAUCCAUCUCACAAGAGAGAGCCAUCUUCCCUUGCCACUUGAAAUCAUACUUGUGCAAAAAUACAGUUCUGUGAAAAGUAAGAGAAAAAAUGCAAGCAAGACUGAGCAAAGUGAUCUUUCUGUUACAGAGCAGCAGAGCGCAUAAGUGCAUCCUUCUAUUUUAAUAAAGUGGGAUUAGAUGUUUAACGUGAGCUUGAAUUUUCUACCAAACAAGUCUGCGUUCAUAAAGUGGCAUUGUUAUUUAUGGUCACCCACAUUACUCAGCUGCAAAAAUGUGCACUAAGACACUUAAACUGUCUUGCACCAGAGUUACGAGAGGGUGGGUAUCACACAUGAGCAUGGGAGACUGCCAGCUGCCUGAAAACAGCAUGAAAAAAGGCAGCAGGCUGCAGAAUCUGUGCUCUGCCCUUGCAGGCCUCUUGGAUGGUUUUCAGGGUGUUUAAUAGUUUUUUCUUCUUAAAAAUCUGUGGAUAUCAGUUUCAGGGCUCACUCCACAUGUGCCUGUUUCCUUCUGGUGGUUUUCAGGUGAAAGCUGCUAUCUGGAUCCUCCUUUUCCUCAGUCCUUUUGAUUUUGAGGUUCUCUAGGAUGAUCUCCUCUUUUCAUUCUUCUGUCAUUAUGCUGACUCUCUCACCUGUCUGUAAACAUCUAAUUCCUGCAUGAGAUCCUUGUGUCUCUGAAGCUUUAACUGGAUGUCUUGAUAGCAAUUCAGGAAUAAUGGUACUAUAACCAAAAUUCUCCUAACUUAACAAAAUCUUGCCGUUACUUUCCUCUGUCUUUGGGAGAGAUGCACCUUUCUUCGUGUCAUUUAAGUCUGUAAUUUAGAUCAGUCACUGAAGUCUGCUAUAUUUAUCCGGUUCCUGUUUCUCUGCCUGCAUCAGAAUAGCAGUAUCAGCAUAUCAUACAUGUUCUGCACGAGUUGUCCAUCUUUGCUGUACAUAACAAGCCAUCGUUUCUAUCCCUUUGGCUCUCUGCCCAUGAAAGGACAGUGGCUUGUGUCUAGGAAGCCCGCAGCAUAUUGUGGCUCUGCAAAUAGGUAAAUAAAUAGAAGGAAGUGGGUUGGAUGAGGGAUUGCAUUUCAUUUCUGGAGAACUGAGCUGUACAUGAAACUCUAACCCUGCUUAGAGGUGAAGAGUUAGCCUGGACUUUUCAUUCCCAUCUCAGCGUGUUCAUCUGAGGCUGUGGCUUGAUUUAGCACUGCCAUGAGAGGGAUCUGAGCCUGAGAUGAUUGCAGCGUGCAGGGAUUAGGAGGCUUGAACAGAGCUGCGUGGAAGAGGUUGCGCAGCAGCUGCCCAUGCUUGCCUCAGGCCAGGACUACCAGCUCUUCAACUCUCCUGCGUAUGCAUCUACAUGGUUACUUAGAAAGCGAGCCUCUCACGCUACAGCUGUUCAUUGGGACUGCAGACGACCGCCUGCUGCGACCCCAUGCUUUCUACCAGGUUCAUCGAAUCACUGGGAAGACUGUUUCCACCACCAGCCACGAAACAAUACUUUCCAACACCAAAGUCUUGGAAAUCCCACUUCUUCCAGAGAACAACAUGAGAGCAACCAUUGACUGUGCUGGGAUAUUAAAGCUCAGAAACUCUGACAUCGAACUGCGGAAGGGAGAAACAGACAUCGGGAGGAAGAACACACGUGUGCGACUGGUCUUCCGAGUUCACAUCCCACAGUCCAACGGGAGGACCCUCUCUUUGCAAGUAGCCUCCAACCCUAUCGAGUGCUCUCAGAGAUCUGCCCAAGAACUGCCUCUGGUGGAGAAACAAAGUACCGACAGCUUUCCUGUUACUGGAGGGAAAAAGAUGAUUCUGACCGGCCAUAACUUUCUGCAAGACUCGAAAGUCAUCUUUUUGGAGAAAGCACCAGAUGGUCACCAUGUGUGGGAAAUGGAAGCCAAAACUGACAAAGAAAUGUGCAAGCCAAAUUCAUUGGUGGUUGAGAUACCACCUUUCCGCAAUCAGAGAAUUACCAGCCCUGUUCAGGUCAACUUCUAUGUCUGCAAUGGAAAGAGAAAGAGAAGCCAGUACCAGAUUUUCACCUAUCUUCCUGCUAAUGUUCCAAUUAUAAAAACAGAACCCACAGAUGACUAUGAGCCUGCUCAAACCUGUGGACCAAUGAACCAAGGCUUAAGCCCUCUCUCUAAACCGUACUACAACCAGCAGAUCAUGAUGCCCCCUGAUCCUGGUUCAUGUCUCAUGGCUGGCUUCGCCUCCUGUCAGCAGAGGAACGCGGUGAUGUCACCCUCUCCCAACGCAAGCCCCAAGCUGCAUGACCUUUCAUCCUCUCCUUACAAGUGCAUCCCCAACCCAGGCCACAGUCACCUCGGACUUCAGCAGCCCGCUGGAGGUGUCCCCACCAUACAGGAAGUGCCAAGGUCUAUAGUUGUGCACCCAAGCUCCCCCGAGCAAUCAUCUCACAUCAUGCUGCAGCCGCAGGUGAGUCAACAUCUGAGCAGUAGCUGUCCCCUUGGUUAUCAACAAACACUCUAUCCCAACAGUCCCUCUUCUCCAGUUCCAUCUGUUACCCAAGAGCCAACCUAUUUGCAGUCCUGCAGUCCAACUCACUCAUCCAUAAUGGGUCAACAGCAGCAGCAACUGCCGAAGGUUCACAGAAAUGAGUCUCCAACAACCCAACCACUGUCAUUGCCAGAGUUGCAUGAGGAAAGUAAUCAUAAUUUGGCCCCUAUUCCUGUAACGAUCAAGCGAGAACCUGAGGAAUUGGACCAGAUGUACCUGGAUGAUGUAAACGAAAUCAUAAGGAAUGACCUUUCCAGUACCAAUGUCCAUUCAUAGCUUCCCAUACGGGCCUACUACGAAAUCCACACACUUUUGACUUAGCUGGCAUGUCAGCUUGAGUGCAGAGAUUCCGAAAAAACUGAAGAUGUUAACCUGGUAGCACUCUGAUCUUCCACGUUACUGCAUGGCAGGAACUGAAGAUUUACCUCUUGCUUGCAAAGAAGUCGUUCCUCAACUUCAACUGAUGAAAAUAGCUUUAAAGAAAAUCAUCUCAAAGGGAAGAGAAGGGAGUAUGCUCCAAGGCUGCGCGUUUCAUGGGACAAAACUAGAAAACUCAGCAAACCCUUGAGUGCUUCUUCCCAGUGCUGAUCUUUUCGGCAUGGCUCCACUGGAAUAGAGCCCUGGAAGUGCCUUAUUUUACCAGGUUGCGGCAUCAGGGCAUUUUAAAUAAGCUUUGAAUUUGCUACCAUUAAAAGUGUUGGUAGGUGUAGAGCUUGCAUUCUGGAGAGUGACACUGUAAAGACGCUUAAGACUGUGCAGCAAAGCAGGGAGUGAAAUCCCUAUCCAGCAAGACGUGGUUAUGAAUUCCAGAAUUUCUUUGCGUUUUCUUUGUUGUAAAGUAUAGCCUAUUGCCUUACUCUCAGUGCAUUUCAAAUGCUCUUCAUCUGUCAUCAUCUCAGCUUUCUUUAGCAUAUUGUCUUUAUGUGCUGACGAAUCAUAGGAUUGUUAGUAGUAGCAUGUUAAGAUUUUAAUUUUAAUCUGGCUUCAGUCGUAGCACAAGUGAGUUGAAUAGCACAAAACAAAAAAGGUUGAUGGACAAAAAAUGGAAAUCUAUCUAUUACAUGAUAGAUGAAUGUGUAUGCAUGUACAUACAUACUAGUAUAUAUGCAUAUAUUUAUAUAUGACAAAUAAUAUAGAUGAUUGCCUGGUGAGGGCACUGAGUUUAGCAAUAAUUUCAAUUUCUGAUGAUGCAUUUCAGAUCCACAACAAAUAUUUCCGCUACUUCUUUGGAGGGUUUGUUGAACCUGGAGCAGGUAUGCAUUUUCUUUCCUCAUGCAGUUAAGCGAGCACUUUACAUAGGCAAGGAGGAUGCAUACAAAACACACGUUAUUUACCAAAUGGCGAACUAUGAGUUAAAGUAACUGUAAAUACCAGUAUGGAAGAGUGUAAAAUAUUUGUUCAGUUAUAAUGUUAUUAUUCCGCAGAAGCCUUAUAAUUCUCUGCUACAUGUAUGAAAAAGAAUAUUACCAAAAAACCACAAGGGUUUAAUAUGCAGCGCUGUAUAGUGUGUUUUCAGAUUAGCUAAUAUUUCUGAAGCUACAGAUAGGCAUGUAGGGUAGCCUUCAGCAUUGCAUUUUUUACAACCAACCGCUUAUUAUAUAAAUAGCAGCAGCCUAUUAUUUCGUAUAACCAAAAAGCAAAAGCAAAUAAAAUAGCAUGACUUAAAUUAAAAAUGUUUAACAUUAAUACUGUGCCUUAGGUAUCUGUGCCCCCUUCUGGAACUAGGCCUGAACUACACCUCCGUGCUGAGGUGGCUCAUUAACUGUAACACAGUAAAGAUUGAACAGGUUUCACAAAAAGGUGAAACCCUACGAAGCAUUUUAAAACAUUAUUCUGCAUCAUUAUGUCUUACUUUCUUUAUUAAAAAAAAUAUAUAUAUGAAAGCCAUAUUUGUCAUAUUUGCACAGUACUGUGAAGACAUGAGAAUAUAAUAUGGCUAUAUGUACAUAAUACGCUGUUAUUGGUCCUUAUAAUAGUCUGUUAUUGCUCACCUGUUUAAUCCCAGUUAUCUACCCUGUAUUUACCAUUGUAGACGUUGCAUGAAACAUUUCUUAUAGACUGCCAUAUGAAAAGUAAAAAGCGUGACAGACGUCAGCUUGACUUGUAGCUAGAAAAUAGAUCCAAUAAAGCAAAAUGUUUUGCUGGAAGCUAGUCUUAGAGUGGUUCAUUUUACGUUAUCUUGACAAAUCUUCCUUUCUCAUAUAAAAUAUGCAUUUUUACGUCAUAUACAUAUAUAUGAACAUAUAACUCCAUCUCUUCUAUUUUGAAGCAUCCUUCUGCAUCCAGCUAAUAUAACCAUCUUAGUAUGGAAGAAAAGUCUCUUGUCAACUGACUCUUCUUUGUUCCCCCCUGCAUUUAAAGACACCGCUGCCAAGGAAAGAAAUCGAUAUAUGAUAUAAUCAUCAAAUUUUAUUAUCUCUGUGUUUCAGAAAUGUCGACAAAGUGUGCAUGGAGGAAUCUCUGGUUAUGCCAAAGCUUUUUUUUUUUUCAUGUGCAUAAAUACCGUGGGUGAGGCUUUUUUUGGUACGUGACAGCACACAGACACAUCCUCCAUCAUGUUUGCAUUUCAGCAGUAAUUUUAGCAAGGUUUUCAAAUGUAUGGUUUGGAUAUGUUGCGUCUCCUUCACCCUUAUUUUUAUUCUCCUCUUUAACCUAUAUAAAAAACAAAACAAAACAAACAAAAAAAAAAAAAACCUGUUACCUUUAAGCCUGGAUAAUGGAAGAUUAUGCAUCUCUUGUAUAUGUAUUCAUAAAAUAAAAUGAAAGCAAAAAUA